UGGCUCGCACAUUAACGUCAUUCAUCUCCUGCACACUUUUUCCAACCAGCAACACCUCUCACACCCUAGUAGAAAUGGUCGCCACUCAGCUGUUCCUCGGCUCUGCCGCCACCCUCAUCGCCUCCUCGGCUGCCUUCGUCGCACCGGUGGCCGUGCGAACGGCCGCACCCGCUUCCUCUUCUUCGGCCCUCAAGAUGAGCGCUGGAUCGGACUACGUCGCAACCCUGCCCGGAGCUCCCUUCGGUGAUGGAAAGAUCUUCGACCCCCUCAACCUCUCGGACGGCGCUGACCCCGCCGAGAUCAAGAAGUGGCGCGAGGCCGAGAUCAAGCACGGGCGUGUGGCCAUGCUUGCUUCCCUCGGCGUUAUCGUCGCGGAGCAAUACCACCCUCUCUUCAUGGGCCCCGAUUACAUCGGCCCCGCUGUGGACCACUUCCAGGAGAUCACCGCGCAGUACCCCGAGUUCUGGGUGUUCUCCCUCCUGGGCAUGGCCUUCAUCGAGUACAACACCAUCACGACCGCCUUCGACACCCCCAGCGCUGUGACCGGCGAGGGCGGCCUGAAGGAGGACUACAGCCCGGGAGACCUCGGCUUCGACCCCCUUAACCUCAAGCCCGAUGACGAGGAGGCCCUGGACGUGAUGAAGACCAAGGAGCUCAACAACGGCCGCCUGGCCAUGAUCGGCAUCGCCGGCAUGCUGGUCCAGGAGCUGGUCAACCCGGCCAACAUCCUCGGCUAAAAGAUUUUAAUUCUACCGUUAAUAUAGAUUGUUUCGUCUCUGCCUGUGUUUCAAAAUGUGUAACUUUCCAUCUGUGUGCAGGCCUCCGGUGAUCGCGUGACAGUCAUUGGUGAUUGAACGUGUUUCCAACUUGGUUCAGUUAGAAAAUCUGCAGUAAGUUUUCUGUGGAGGAUGCAGGAUGAUGUUUGAAUUUGUGGCCUACUCUGGAAUUUUGUCGAGGCCGUGGCUGAUGUGUUGUGAUCUUUUGUUGCCCAUGUCGUGUGGUUUCCUCGGCAGUUUUACUAUUUGUUCGUGACGGUCGGCCUCGGUCGCGCAUCGCACAAGUAGUUGUCGUGAUCUUCUCCACGAAUUGUUUCGAAUCGAAGGGAAAGUCGUGGACAACGACUCUGUGUCGUUGUUGGCAGGUGAUGAUAAAUUUUUGUGUUGGAUUUUAUACUCGAAAUUCAUUCAAAUUUUGUGGCGCGUUCCCUGUGGGGCGUGCCGGGCGAGUCGGAAAGCGCAACCUCUAGCCACACCCGCCUAGAGAAGACUUGGGCGAGCGCGUCUAAGCCUUCUAGCCCAAGUCAUUCGUGGUACGAUCACCCAG